CUUUAGAUAGAAGAUAGCAAGCCUAAUAACAUCACCUCUUGCAUUAGCCCUCAGCCUACGCAGACAACAGAGUCUUCUCUCUCACACUAGUCCACAGCAUUUCCACAGCAACUAACCAAACUGCGCGCCCCGACGUCGUUUUGAAGACCUCCAUGGGAAUCCAAGCCGGUGGUUGGAGGGCAAUGGCUGGCGGCCUAGUCGCGAAGCCGUGCGACUCGUGCAAGAACUGCGCCGCUGCGCUGUUCUGCAGAGCCGACUCGGCUUUCCUCUGCUUGACCUGCGACGCCAAGAUCCACGCAGCCAACAAGCUGGCCACGCGCCACGAGCGCGUCUGGAUGUGCGAGGUCUGUGAGCAGGCUCCGGCGUCAGUCACGUGCAAGGCCGACGCCGCCGCCCUCUGCGUCACGUGCGACGCCGACAUCCACUCCGCCAACCCCCUCGCCCGCCGCCACGACCGGGUCCCGGUCGAGCCGUUCUUCGACUCGGCCGAGUCUAUCAUCGUCAAGUCGGCCGCCGCCUCCUCUAUCGACUCCCUCAAUUUCCUACUCCCAAACGGCGCCGUUCCGUCUCACACUAAAGACGAAGAAAACGACGCGGCGUCGACCUGGCUUAUCCCCAACUUGAAUUGCAACUCGAAGCUCCAGAUGGAUAUUGCUCCGGAUAUCAUCAAGUCCUCUGAGUUGUUCUUCCCCGAAAUGGACUCGUUGCUGGAGUUCGAUUACCCGAACCCGAUCCACCACGAUAUUUCGGGUUCAGGUACGGACAGUGUUGUUCCGGUUCAACCCGACCCGCUACCGCCCCCUUCACUCAACAUCAACCGCGUCUCUGCCGAGCAAAAUUGCUUCGACCUCGAUUUUUGCAGAAGCAAGCUUUCUUCUUCCUUCAGCUAUCCAACUCAGUCGCUCAGCCAAAGCGUUUCCUCGUCGUCCAUGGAAGUCGGAGUUGUUCCUGACGGAAACUCCAUGUCCGAUAUAUCGUAUCCUUUCGGCCGAAACGCGAGCCACAACGUUUCGGAUCCCAGCGCACAGGUCUCGGCGACCACCGCGAACCAAGUGGCCACACAGCUCAUCGGCUCAGGGAGCCUUUAUUCGCGAGACAUACGGCGUCGUUCCGACGUUCUGAUAAUGAUCCUCUGCUCGAUCGGCAUAAUUUAAUUUCUACAGUCUAGCAGUGAUUGGUUGGUGAUGUCAAUUGUAAAUCAGUGUCUAUCCGAUAAUUUUGAUCGGUGGCUUAUGAGCCGUUGAAUUUGCAUGAGCAUGAUGCUGCGCUUUUGCAACUGAAUAUUACCCGCUCAGCACCCAAAAGCCCAUUUACCUUUUUCGUUAUCUUUUAAAUUUCACAGGGGCUUUAUAGAAGUCUCUUUUCAUGCAAGUAAACCCUUCUUUCUUUUUCACCAAAAGAAAAGUGAAAAUAAAAUGAAAAUAAAAAAGAUCAUGGAUCUGUUUCUGAAUUCUGAUUGUUUGAAAA